AUGUCUUUGCAACAACCCAGUUCAAAGAUAGUGCUGAACGCUCUCAAAGAUGCUGUGGCCACCGGAUUUCUCAUUACGAUCCUCUAUCUGGUGGGCAGGGCAAUAUACAAUGUCUUCUUCCACCCGUUGAGUCGAUUCCCCGGUCCUAUUUCAUUUGCCGUGUCGAGGAUCCCCUACUGCUAUCGACUGAUCAACGGGACCCUGCCGUUUGACAUGUUGGGACUUCACCAGAAAUAUGGGGACAUCGUUCGCAUUGCACCGGACGAACUGGCCAUUUCACACCCCGAUGCCUGGAAGGACAUCAUGGGCAAUCGGAAAUCUGGAGAGGAGAUGGGCAAGGCCAUGUACUUCUACCGUCCCAUCGAAGACGACCCCACUCAUAUCGUCAACGAAGAGCGCGAAGAGCACAGCCGUCUCCGUCGUCAACUGUCCCACGGUUUCUCCGAGAAGUCGAUGAGGGAUCAGGAGCCUCUGAUCGCGCAGUAUAUCGACUUGCUCAUCCAGCGGCUUCACGAGAACUGCGCUGGGGGAGCUAAGCCACUCAACCUCACGGCCUGGUACAACUAUACCACCUUCGAUAUCAUCGGCGACCUGGCAUUCGGUGAGCCAUUCGGUUGCCUAAAGAAUUCCGAGUAUCAUUCGUGGAUUCGCAUGAUCUUCGACUCUGGGCGUCUCGGCACGAUACUGCAGUCUCUUGCAUUUUACCCGAGGCUGAAGCGGUUUCUGCUGAAAAUGGCUCCCAAGUCUGCCAAAGAACACCGCGAACAACACAUGCGGCUCACCAAAGCUAAACUGUUGAGGCGAAUAGAGGGUGACAAGGAGCGUCCCGACUUGAUUGAAGGUCUCCUGAAAAAGAAGGAUGAGUGGAACAUGAGCCUGGAGAAAUUGAUCGCAAAUAGCGAGAUUCUUAUAAUAGGCGGAAGCGAGACCACGGCGACGCUUUUAAGUGGCGUUACUUAUUACCUCCUGACGAACCCAGACAAACUGCAGAAGUUGACGGCGGAGGUCCGCUCAGCAUUCAAGAGCGAAGACGAAAUCAACAUCGUUUCCGUCAACAAACUGACAUAUAUGCUCGCCUGCCUCGACGAGGGCCUGCGAAUGUAUCCGCCCAUUGCGAACGGUCUCCCUCGCGUCGUUCCCAAGGGAGGUGCCAACAUCAUUGGGACAUAUGUGCCGGAAAACACCAUCGUCGCAAUCCACCAAUGGGCUCUAUAUCGCCGGGAAGAGUACUUCACCGAUCCAAACCACUACCACCCAGAGCGAUGGCUGGGAGAUUCGCGCUUCGCCAACGAUAAGCGGGAGGCGCUGCAGCCAUUCCACGUCGGUCCGCGCAAUUGUCUUGGAAGGAAUCUGGCUUAUACGGAAAUGAGACUCAUAUUAGCCCGCGUGAUUUACAACUUCGAUCUAAGGAUCGCCGAGGACAGUCUGGACUGGGUGCAGAAGCAGCGCAACUUUCUCAUGUGGGAGAAGGGUCCGUUGAAUGUGUAUCUGACGCCCGUUACGAAAGGAAGUGCUUGA